AUGGCAAUCCCUGCUUUUAUUUUUCUCUCCAGAAGAUCCACAGUCGAGAACAAAAACAAACUUGAACUACGCGGGACGCCUGUCAACUCUUAAUCAUACGUUUGCACGCCGGAGGAGGAUCGACGGAUGGCUUCCAGCUGAAGAGAUUCUAUCAUUUAUUGCACCUUUGUUUUAUUACGGGGGUUAACGAACGAAGGGCUCUGUCAAACUAACCCCUCAAAACAACAACAACAAAAAAACAACAACAACAAACAAAAACGGUCGUUUGGGAAAUUAAAGUUGCGUGUGAGCCAGUCCGCACUUUUACGCACGACAAUGGAACUUUAAGAUGUUGUCUCGACGCUACAAUGUCGCUUUGACUUGCGUCUCCUUUGUUGCUGUCACGUCGUCAGGACGGUAAGCAUGUGUUAAGCCGCACUCAAGAGCUUGACGAGCUUCGCCCCUGAUCACAAAAACAAUAGGGGAAAAAACAAACAAACAAAAAACAGCAUGGGGGCCAAACAAAGCAAUUCCGCGUACGACGGCAGAACCCGGGCAUAUUCCAGCUCCGAUCUGCCGUCCGGGAAUUCCGGCGGAGGGGAAAGGUUCGCUGGUUUCAGGUACACCAAUGGACCAGAGGGGCCCCGGAUCAGAUACACGGGCGGGGGCCCCACUAGCUCUGGCCUCAGCAUACCGGCAGGGGGCAGGCCGGGCUCUCACGCUCUCAAUCAAAGUCUGGACGGCACAGAUGGUGACGACGAAGGCCAGCUGACCCCCGAGGGCCACAGGCUGCUAAUAGGGUCCCUACCGGCUCAUCUGUCCCCCCGCCUGCUGACAGGUUUCCACUGUCCCGUGUGUUCCAAGUUCAUGGCGUCGGAUGAUAUAGAGAAACAUCUGCUCAUGUGUUUCAGCAAAUCGCGCCUCACCUACAACAAGGACAUCCUGUCCAGAGAUUCUGGGGAAUGUGCCAUCUGCUUAGAGGAGCUGGAGCAAGGCGACACCAUUGCCAGACUCCCCUGCCUCUGUAUCUACCAUAAAGGGUGUAUAGACGAGUGGUUUGAGGUGAAUCGCUCGUGUCCGGAACACCCCUCCAACUAGCAACGAGUACAGCGAAUCAUUCUACUCUGUCCGACCUUAUUUUUAACACUGUACGUUCCAGUGUUGUAAUUAUGUUUAAGUGCUCAUCAGGGAUUGUAAAACAUGAUUGUGUAGCGGAUUAUUCGUGCUGCCUCGCAGGAGAGACAUCGAUGGAUUUUAUUUUAUUUUUGUUCGGUGUGUUGUGGAAUGUGCGAGGGAAACUACUGGCGGAGUCCGCUUGCGUCUCCAAAGUGAAUGUUCAUCGGGCCCUCUGCUGGCUGGAGCCUUUCCCUAAAAACUGGGAUCCGGUGGAAGGAACUGUGUUGGGAUGGGAGACUAAUGUGACAUUUCAAUAGAAAUUUUUCUGGUUGUUAUCAUUGCCUGUUCUGUCCCGGCUGUAAUGUGAAAAAACAAAACAAAACAAAACAAAAAAAACAGCCAUACAGAAUACAAGAUGCCUAUAUCAGCUUUAAGGGAUGAUUAGCGUUGAUGGCAGUAGUUUAUUAUUUUCCAAUAUUAAAACAAAUGUGUCAUAGACCAAAUAGUCUUAACAUGAAAAAGGUAAUCGCUCAGCUGUUCUGAACCACAUCCAUGCAAUUGUGUAGCAUGUAGAGAGUGGACUUGACGAUAGGCUCGGACAUAUCUUUUAAUGGUGAUUCGUACGCUCUUUGAAAAGGAGUGUCAUAAUAUGCUGCUAUGUCAUAGACUGGAAAGUUUCCUAUAACCUUUGGCUCUUUGUUCAGUGUCAUUUCUAUUUGUACUGUAAUGAAUUGCACAAGAAAAUAAAUGUUUUGUCAUUGUGUCUCUACA